GGGGUUCCAACCCAAACAUGCUCACGACCACCCGGCAAACCUUGGAAGAACGAUGUCGCAACAUUCCAUUCUCCCAGCUCCCAAAGAGUUUCCAGGAUGCCGUACAGAUUAUUCGCGCGCUUGGAUUUCGCUAUAUCUGGAUAGACUCACUCUGCAUCAUCCAAGAUGAUACAGCCGACUGGGAACUUGAAUCUGCCAAGAUGGCCGGAAUAUACAUGGAAUCCUGCCUGACGCUAGCAGCAACCGCGUCGAUUGAUUCAGAUGGGGGAUUCUUCUUCAAUCGAUAUACACGUCAGUCUGGAGUAAGAACAACGAGCAUGAAGACCUUCGAGUUUCAGCGAACCUUCGGGGGCGUGGAGUGCACGUUAUAUGUCCGCUCUGCACUUGAAAGUGGUCACUUGUCAAUUGCAGAAGCACCUUGGCUGCCCAAGUUUCCUACACAUACGACGCCUUUGCUGCAUCGAGCUUGGGCAUACCAGGAGCGGAUGCUUGCUCCGAGAACACUUCAUGUGAACACGGAUGAAAUGCUCUGGGAAUGCAAAGAGUGUACUCUUUGCGAAUGUGGCUCUCUCGCGUGGUAUCGUGAGCAAUCAAACCCUGAGCACUUAGGACAUGAGAAGCCUUUUGCUAUUGAAUCUAUCUCAACCCUCAAAGGCAAAGUAGCUCGAGUGAUGAGUCUGGACAAGUCUUUCGCGGAAGUGCACAUGGCGUGGCAACAAAUCGUCAAGCAAUAUACCAUGUUGAAACUCACCAAAGAAUCCGACAGGCUUCCUGCUCUUUCUGGUCUGGCAAGCUUCCUGUCACAGAGACUCCAGACACGAUAUUUUGCUGGCUUGUGGGAAGACACUCUGGCCGUUGAUCUACUGUGGCAGCGAGCCCGCUACGAUACUUUAGGAUUAUGCUCGCGGGACACACAGUCGGGCAUUCCGUCUUGGUCCUGGGCUUCCAUAGUAAGGGUUCACGCAAGUGCAGAGACCAUCGAUCGAUAUAGCCAUAUACGGCAAAGUUCACUUUAUUUUAUCAAAGACAGUCGACUCGAUUUUAUCCAUGCAGACUGUCAGGUCAUCGGCAGCAAUCCGUUCGGCCAAGUAUCUGGAGGCAUGAUCACCAUUUCGGGAGCGUGUAUCAGCGUGAGCCUUUAUUUGAAAGCGGGAUCUCCGUGGGCGCAAAGUCGGUCACGAGUCUUCUUUCGAAGAGGAACGGGAUUGGUGACAAAACCAAGCUUGGAGUGGAACACUGUGGAGCUCGAUAUUCUGUGGCCGGACGAGCCAUCAGAGGUGGUAGAUGGAGACAUAUUGUCGUGUGUCUUGAUUGGCAAAGAAGAGCCUGUUAUGAAUGAUAGAGGUUACGCCGUUGUUUUGAAAGGUAUAGAAGCCGAUAUAUAUCGAAGGGUUGGCAUUUUGAGAUUGUAUCCGGUAAAAAUGGAAUGGUGGGAUGGAGUCAUGCCUACAACUGUCCGUGUCAUCUAGACAGUAUUCGAUUGAG